AUGUUGGCUCGAAUGGACGUACCCAUACCACUCGCACGAGGAAUUGCUCAGAGUACAACGUUCGCGGAUGAAGGCGCAGCGGUGUUCCCUUCCCGUCGCGCCCUUUGUGUUCUGUGCAACGCGUUGUUGGCUUCAGGCCACGGCGCAGAUGCUGGGCGCGAGGGGACAGAGCUGCGUCGACUCGCGGCAGUUGCCGUGGAUUUCGCUGUUGAUGCCCAUCCUCCUGGUGCUGCCCGAAGCUUCAGCGUUUUGCGCGACGCCAGCCAGCGCAUGGGCCUCGCGCUGGCCGCCGACCGCCUUGCCCACUUCGAAGAGAGGGUUGCUGCGAUCAUUCGGGGUCUCCGCCGCCCUGAGCCCGAGCCCCGAGGCGCCGGCGAUGGUGGAGGCGCCGUUGUGCCAGUCGAGCCGCAGCGCGGCGGCGCAGAGCAGCCGCGGCACGGCGCCCGUGCCGGAGCGAUUGUCCCUGUCCACGUCGGCAGGACGGCUACUAACCCACGAUUUGGACAGACGAAUCGUGCCCUGGCCCGCGAGAAGGGCAAAGCGCAGAGGUGGCGAACUAGGGCGCUGGCGGCAUAG